AUGUCCCAACGUAGUAAACGUAUCCUUAAAUUAGUGCCACAUGAAGUAGUUCAAGCAACUCCAAUAACAAAUACAAAAGCAGGAAGUCAAAUAAAAUCUCCUGAUAAAAAAGAAACUCCCCAUAUACAUGUUACUGCUGAAAGUUGUAUAACCGAAAAUGAGCAAGGAACCAUUGAACAAAAUACUAAUACAAAGUUAGAAGCUUCCAACGAGUUGGCGUUCAAAGUAGCUCAUGUUAAUGAUUAUCUAGAAUCGAACAAAGAAAAUAUUUUGCCUUUCUCUGUAACAGAAACUCACGUUAUUAAGGAAACUUACAGUGGUGAUUUAAAUUGCUCUCAGCAAGAAGACUUUCCAAAUGAUUUUCAGACAAUAAAAUUGCACAAUAAGUGUUCUAUACAACUUAAAGAAUCAUAUCGGGUAACUUUACAAAACGAUAUUUUAUUAGAUGAUGUGAGUUCAGAAGAAGCGUAUAACCCAGAAGAUGAAUCUUUUAAUUCUGAAGAUACCAGUUCUACUGAUGGCCCUUUAUACAGCUCAAGGAAAAGAAAAAGGCUUUCCCACAAAGAUUAUAUCAUUAGUAAUGAUGGUUACCGUGAAAAUGUACAGGCUGUUUCCCAUGACGCUUCUAACAGUUUCAACGCCGAAGAAGUUGCUUUUGAACCCGAUCUUGUACCAAAACUUCAAAAUAAAUCUGCUGAUGCUGAAGACGGAGUUCAUGUAAAAUGUGGUAGAGGUAGUGCAGACUUUUUCAGUUCCGAUCCGUGUUUAUGGGAUGUAAGUGAUGAACUAAGAGAUAUUUGUACCCAAAGUAGUGUAAAGCAAAAUAGUGACUCCGAUUUUAAUGAAUCCAAAAGACCGUAUCCAGAUAAAAUUCGCUUCCUGUCUAAGUGUUUGUUUACGAAAAAACUUCAAAAUGGAGAAAAAAAACAAAACGUGGAUGGUUUAUUCACCAUCAAAAGGUUCCGUUUUCUGCGUUCCGUGUAUGAUAUUUGA